UAUUGCCAAAAAAAAAAAAAAUUAAAGAAAAAAAAAAGAGAGAUUCUUGGCAGAUCAUUGUUCUUCUUGGUAUUUGUGAAUCAACAAAAUAAUGUCAUUUACUUGAACCCCAUUUUGGGAACUUGAGGCUCUCAACUUUCCAAAUUAGUUGCAAAAAAAAUUUCCCAUUUGAGAGUCUCAUUUUUUCAAGAUUAUUUUUUAGGCAAAAUUUUGAUUUGGGUAUUUGCUAAUCAAGGCUAUUUUUUGAUUCUUGAUGAUCAAAAAGAAAGUGUUUUGGUGAACCCCAUCAAGUAAUUUGAGGUUAUUUAUCUAUCCAUUGGGUUAUUUCUGCAAAUUUUGUGAUCUGGUGAAAAUUUUCUUUCUUGGGUAUUUUCCUGGAAAAUAUUUAACCCAAAUUUUGGAGAUAUCUGUUAUUUUUUAUAGGGAAAUUUGGUGGGGGUAUUGAGGAAUCUUGAAUAAUUGGUGAAUUUGUGGUUAAAAGUUAAAGACUUGACUGUUGUUUAAGUGAUCAAAGAUUUGAUUUUUAUGAUUUUUCUUGGGAAAAUUUGGACUUUUUGUAAGGUGGGGGUAUUUGGGAUUCUUGAAUAAUUGGAGAAUUUGUGACAUUUCCAAUUAACAAAAAAGGUUAAAAGUUAAAGACUUGAUUUUUAUGGUGUUAAAUGAUCAAAGAAUUGAUUUUUAAGAUUUUUCUUGGGAAAAUUUGGAGUUUUUGUAAGGUGGGGUAUUUGGGAUUCUUGAAUAAUUGGAAAAUUUGUUACAUUUCCAAUUAACAAAAAAAGUUAAAAGUUAAAGACUUGAUUUUUAUGGUGUUAAGUGAUUAAAGAUUUGUUUUAUGGUUUCUUCCAGCUCAGGUAUUUGACAAGGUCCUUUCCCCUUUAAUUUUUAUAGAUAUUGGUCACCAUCAAGAAUAGUACAUAUCAUAUUUUGUGUUAUGGAAAAAAAAUUGUUUGAUUGGUUGAUUCAUUGAUUAAUCAAGUCAGAAAACAUAUUGGUUUGAGAGGAUCUUCAUUGGAUUUGUUAAGACAAAUUGACUUUGAAACUAUGUGUAAGGAAAGUUUAGUUGUGGGAUUGUUAUUAGUUUGUUAGAAAGGAAGGAAUUUCUGUCAAUAUUAUGCCAGAAAGAUAUCCGAAAACUAUGAGAUUUUUGAGCCUUGUGGGGAAUUCAUUUGGUUGUUCUGCAUCCGGUGAGCGAUUAGUUUCUGCUGCUAGAGAUGGAGAUAUUCAGGAAGCGAAAGCUUUACUGGAUUAUAAUCCGCGUUUAGUGAGGUAUUCGACAUUUGGUGUUCGAAAUUCACCUCUACAUUACUCUGCUGCCCAAGGACAUCAUGAGAUUGUUACUCUCCUGCUUGAGUCUGGAGUUGACAUCAAUCUCAGAAACUACCGGGGUCAGACGGCUUUGAUGCAAGCAUGCCAAUAUGGUCACUGGGAAGUUGUUCAGACGCUCAUUCUUUUCAAAGCCAAUAUUCAUAGGGCUGAUUAUCUUAAUGGAGGUACAGCACUUCAUUUAGCUGCUCUGAACGGACAUUCUCGAUGUAUACGGCUUCUCCUUGCUGAUUAUAUACCAAGCAUCCCUAAUUUCUGUAAUGUCAUGAGAAAGAGAUCGAGAAACGAAGCCUCUAUCCAAGAAUUUGACGACUUUGCACUGCAUGAGGUGAUCAAUAGAGCUGCUGAUGGUGGAAUUACCGCCCUUCAUAUGGCAGCGCUUAAUGGCCAUGUUGAAAGCUUGCAGCUACUCUUGGACUUGGGGGCUUCGGUCACCAAGGUUACCGUGGAAGAUGGGACUACAAUUGAUUUGAUAGGUGCAGGAAGUACACCACUUCAUUAUGCUGCAUGUGGCGGGAAUGCUCAGUGUUGUCAGCUUUUAAUCGCCAGAGGUGCCAGUCUCAAUGCAGAAAAUGCAAAUGGGUGGACCCCGUUGAUGGUUGCUCAAUCAUGGCAUAGAGAAGGGCUGGAGGAGAUUUUAAGUGCUCGUCCAGAAAGGCAACCACGUCCUCUUCCUUCACCAUUCUUAUGCCUCCCUCUUAUGAGUAUAGUGAAGAUUGCUAGAGAAUGUGGAUGGAGAACAAUUGAUUCACCAUCAACUUGUUUAGACCCUUGUGUUGUUUGUCUGGAAAGAAAGUGUACAGUUGCUGCAGAAGGUUGUUUUCACGAGUUCUGCACGCGCUGUGCAUUGUACCUUUGCUCCACAAGUAGCACCUCAACCGUGGCCCACGGCCCUCCAGGCUCGAUUCCUUGCCCUUUAUGCCGACAUGGCAUCGUUUCAUUCGUUAAGCUCGCAGACACAACGCCGAUCAUCAAAGAAGCAGCUCGGACAAGUCUAUCUUUACCAUUUUGUUCAUGUACAGCCGACGGACAAGAACCAACUGCCUUAGAAAUGCCUUUUUGCAAGCCUGAUUUAUAUUGCUCGGGCCGACUCUCCUCCCCGCUUGGCUCUUCCUUCCGCUCAUUAAGCUGCCAAAAGUUCCCGGCGUUGAAAUUCAGCCCAGGCCUUUGUAUGGGAAGCCCGGACACAAGCCCAUCUUUAGCUCCAAGAACCGGUGAACGUGAACAUCUGACUCGAUGUUCACGAUCGAGCUUUAGGCGAUCAACAUCGAACGUCGAAGCUAGAAGAUGGUUGUGUUCCUUCAGCCAAUCUGUAGAAACUGGAAUCUGAACUAUUUGUUUCAACCUUAAAUUUGCAGAUAAAUCCCACAGGUUUUCAAUCUUUCUUUUGUUCUUUCCUUCUUUUUUUGGUUCGAAAGACCUAUUGUUUGUAUACCACUUGAGUCUUGUCCACUAAAUGUAAUUGAAAUAUUUCAUCUAUAUGAAGUUUGGCUUGUAAAUAAUAAGUAACAAUAUGUUAUAUAAGUGAAAUGGAAAAGAAUCCUGGGCUGGUAUUUAUUGAAGUUCUCUAUUCUGUGCC